AUGUCAGAAUCGGUAGCAGCCGACAUUCUCUUCACCAUCUUCACUCUUUUACCCGUCAAAUCUCUCAUGCGCUUCAGGUCUUUGUCCAAAUUCUCUCGUUCCUUAAUCGACAGCCCCGAAUUCAUCAAUUCCUAUCAAACUCUGCCUUCUCAAACCAAUCACAAUCGUAAACUCGUUCUCGCCGAUUGGCACCCCGAGGGUUGCAUCUUCACCAUAGUCAUAGACAAUUCACCAACUAUCAGUCCAUUGAAAAUCAAACGCAUGCGCAAGCCUUUAGUAAAAACUUCUCACAAUUUCAUCCCCGUAAAUCCUAACGGCGUGUUUGGAUCUUUCAAUAUCGUGUUUGAUGGAUUCGGGUAUGAUUCAGUUUCUGAUGAUUAUAAGGUGAUUAUGGUCACCAAACUAUUUUCUGAAGAUUUUUUAAGAGUUAUGAUAUAUAGUGUGAAAAAUAAUUCAUUCAGAAGGAUUCAAGAUCUUCACAGUCCUGAAGCUAAGUGCUGCAAAAAUUACGAGUACUCGGGUGUUCUUGUCGGUUCCUUCUUGCAUUGGAUAGCGCAUCCUCGCAAUAAAGGAUCUUCGUUUUGUAAUUUCAUUCUCGCAUUUCAUCUUAGCGAUGAAACGUUUCGUGAGGUGCCACUGCUGAAGGAUACAAUAGAUGGAGAAUGGAAAGAGUUGAAUAUGGUAUCGGAACUCGGAGGAUGCCUUAGUAUGAGCUAUUGUUUUCAGGGUUAUGAUAAUGUUUGGAUUAUGAAGGAGUAUGGAGUUGAAGAUUCUUGGGCUAAACUGCUUACUGUACAUUGUGGUCAUCAGGAUCGAUAUAUUAAUUUUUCUGCUGGAUUGAAACCUGAAAGACCCUAUGGGGUAUAA